CCCCCGCAUCGCUUCCCUCCCCUCCAUCGGCGCGAUCAGCAUCAUUUUCGAUUGCUAUUUAGCCACAUUACUGUUCUAUUUAUUGACAGCGAGGAAGUGAUUGUCGGCUUACCGACAGCCUGGCGACCAAAAUGUCUAUGCCGCCUUCGCGGGCGCAUUCUGAGGUGUUCUCAGCGUCGCAGCAUGGCGGUGUAGCCGUGCCUCCGUCGCGUCCUCCAGUAAACUACUUCAUCCUACCCACGUUCAUUCUCCACGUCGUCGGUCUUGCCUGCCUGUGGGCGCUUUGGUACUACCUUCGGUUCACCACCGUGUUCCCAUACCACCAUCGUGUGUUCUACUGUCGAGACGUGCAUCUCUACAAACCAAACUAUGUACCGGAGGAUUUCAACGUCUACGUAUCGUAUCCGUUGCUCUACUCGUUAGGAUUCACAUUACCACCACUAGUGAUGUUUAUUGGCGAAGUGAUGUUCUGGUUGUUUUCUACAAAACCGCGCAAGACUGUUUAUGCGAACUGUGGCGAGUGCAAGGUGCACUUGUUUACAAGAAGGCUUCUACGAUUUAUUGCCGUUUUCCUUUGUGGAGCUCUUGUAACCCAAAUCUUCGUCGACACGAUCAAAUUGAUGACGGGUUAUCAACGACCAUAUUUCCUUUCGUUAUGCAACGUAUCUAUUAGCGCCUGCACAGCUCCGCUGGAGCACUCGCCGUCCCCUUCGCCAAACUUGGCAUGCAACUUUCGAGGAGCUGAUGAACUGCGAUAUGCAUGGCUUACGUUUCCUUCACUUCAUGCGGCAUUCUCCAGUUAUUCGGCCAUUUUUGCUUCUUGUUACAUCUACUAUAUGAUCAAUCUUCGCGGUGCUCCACUACUACGUCCAUUCCUCAUUUUUGGUUUUAUCGGUCUUGCCAUAGUCGAUUCAUUUUCUCGCAUCAAUGGCUACAAAAAUCAUUGGCGAGACAUCUGGGUUGGAUGGUUGAUCGGAUUUCUUAUAGCUUUCUUCCUGUGCUACUGUGUUCUGUGCUUCCAAGAAGUUUAUCAUGUGGUCGUAGAAAAGACUCCUGUGAUUGAAGAACGAGUUUCGCCGUUCUUCUCCUGGUUCCGUCUACCAAGAGUUCAAGCGCCGUCAGUGAGGGAGGAGUAUGUAAUGUAUGAGGAAGACGUACCACAGACUGAAACGAUGCCACGUCUUCGUAAAAGCCAGGAUCGACAGUAUGAGGUAACGACUACUACGGAAUCGUAUCACCGCACCAUCAGCCCUCCGCAGCAUAAUGGCUAUCAGUACUAGGAGAAAAAGGGUAAAAAUAUCAGUGCAUUUGUAGCGCCCUUGCUACCUUCCCACCACUCCAUACUGCCGAAACUGGUUCAUCUGAGGAUGCUCUCGGUUUGCCUACGAUCUAUUUAUACAUAAUUCUGUGCUAAAUGUUGUGAGAGCUUGCUCAUUGCUCGAAUCUUUCACUUUCCGUACUUUCGACGUUAUUACUAUGUGCUACUUUUAUGUGCUGUAUUGAAUAGGUAAUGAGAAUGCAAGCAGCAAAUGCGAUCUUAUUUCACUGUCUGCCGCUAGUGUCACUCCUGCCAUGAUGUUUAGAGCAAUUUUUAUAUAAUUUGUCACUAAUAAAUUCUGUAAGC